AUGGAGUCACGCGCUACAGAACUGCCUUCCGUCUGGGCCGUUGCAUUCGGCGCUUCCGUCGUCGCAGGCAUCGCAGGUUACUUCCUGGGCACUGCAUCGUCUAUCGGUGUGUUUGGCAGCAAUCCCCAGCAGCGCGUCGUCAGCGGCACCAGUGCUCAGCACGAAAAGGAACACAAUGGCAGCGAGAACGACGACGACAACGCAUCUGAGUCCGAUUUGGAGGACUCCGAAGAUGAUCAGGAGGUCAAUGGGUUCGAGGAUUCAACUGAGGAAUGCAAGCUCGUCCUCGUUGUUCGCACUGAUCUAGGCAUGACCAAGGGUACGUAUCACAUUUUCGCUGCUAUCAAUCAACAUCACACGCUCUCUGUUUCCCCUCACUCUUUUUCAAUCGAUGAUAUGCACGCUGUGUAUCUUCAGCCGCCCGCAUCUCAUGGUUUCAAUGCCCCGAAAGAGAAAACGAAUGCAUACCAUGAUGACCAUUGUCUGACAAAUUGUUUAUCUUUGGCUGCGAAANCAGGCAAGAUAGCAGCCCAAUGUUCACAUGCCACCCUUGCAUGCUACAAAACACUUUUGCGCCAGAACUCGCCAAUCCUCAAGCGCUGGGAAGGUUACGGUCAGGCAAAAGUCGCCGUGCAGGUCAAGAGCGAGGAAGACUUGUUGAUCCUUCAAGCUCAGGCUAUCAGCUUGGGUAUCUGCGGACAGAUCAUCCAUGAUGCCGGUCGUACUCAGAUUGCCAGUGGUAGUGCAACAGUACUCGGAGUUGGUCCUGCUCCCAAGUCCAUGGUUGACCAAGUCACUGGACAUCUCAAGCUUUUGUAA